AAAUAAUCAUGCGUACUACAUGAUUGAGUCUGAUCGUUAAAUCAAUACGGUUAUUUUACGAUAUAAAUAUAAAAACGAUACUAGUCAAACUGUGAGAUUUUAUCAUAAAACAAAAUCCAAGAAAAAAACAACAUUUAUUAAUUCAUAAGUAAGAUUCAACAAAAAAAAUCAACCCUUAUGGAUUUUUUGCAAGAAAUUCAAUAUAAAUGGACAGAGAAGCUUGAUAAACGAGUAGCCGAUUUUCCUUUAGUCGAGUCUUUUUAUUACGUGCCACUUAUAAUAUUCGCGUAUCUAUAUUUUGUACUCAGGUGUGGGCCACGAUUUAUGAAGGACAGACAACCAUAUUCAUUGAAAACGUUUAUAAAGUUAUAUAAUAUCAUUCAAAUUAUCGGAAACGCUUGGUUGAUUUAUGAUAACAUCGAUGCCGGUUUGUUCACAAAAACAAAAUUAAUAUGUUAUAGCGGGAACGUAAUGGAUUACUCCUAUAAUUAUACUUUAUUGAGGUUAUGUAGAUGUGUAUGGUUUUAUUUUAUGUUGAAAAUCUUGGAUUAUGUCGAAACAUGUGUGUUCAUAUUAAGGAAGAAAAAUAAGCAAGUGUCUGGUUUGCAUUUAUAUCAUCAUGUAUCCACCUUGCUUAUUACAUGGUUAGGCUUAAGAUAUUUUGCUGUUGCUCCAAUCUUCUUAAGCAUCUUCAUCAACAGUUUCAUACAUAUGAUAAUGUACACCUACUACUUCCUAGCAGCUUGGGGACCGGAAGUUCAAGAAGCUAUAGCACCUAUGAAACAAUGGAUAACUAAAGCACAAAUGGUCCAAUUCGUCAUAUUGAUACUGUAUGUUUCGCAGAACUUUUUGCCAAAUUGCAAGUCCACCGAUCAUUGGAUUGUCAUGCUAUUCAUCGGAAAUUUAUUGUUUAAUUUCUAUAUGUUUUAUGAUUUCUAUCAAAAGGCAUACAAUAAACCUAAAAGAAAGACCAAAUCCUUACUCUUUAAAAACAUUAAUAAAAAUUUACAAUUUUUGCCAAAUCAUAGCAAAUGCUUGGUUAGUGCGAGAACAUCUAGCUGCCGGGUGGAUGAAAGAUAUACCGUUAACUUGCAUGCCUGUUAUUCUUAUGAACCACGUUAUUAUAAGCUUAGUCAAAUUCUGUGGUGGGUUCUACUACUAAAAAUAGCGGAUUGCGGAGAAACGGUAAUGUUUAUGCUGAGAAAGAAAGAUAAACAGAUUUCGUUCUUACAUGUAUAUCAUCACGUAUCGAGUAUAACGCUUGUUUGGUUAGCAGUAAAGUACCACGCUGGAGAAAUGACCACGUUCGUCACGAUUAUUAAUUGUAGCGUGCAUGUAUUGAUGUAUAUCUAUUAUUUCCUCGCAGCAUUUGGACCGCGCGUUCAAACGAUUAUUAAGCCGAUUAAACCUUACAUCACUAUUCUUCAAAUGGUGCAGUUCUUUGUUGUUAUACUCUACGCGAUGCAAACUUUAAUGCCAAGCUGUCAUGUAUCAAGUGGUUUCGGCAUUAUGUUUUUACUAAAUGUGCUAAUAAAUUGGUUCAUGUUUUAUCAAUUUUAUCAACAAUCGUACGUUUCACCAAAAGUGAAACAAUAAAACAGAGAAA